UUAUGCUGCGUGGCGGCGGUGCUGCGUCACGAGCCCUCUGCUGACGCUCUACAGAACCUGUGGUCGCUAAUCUCGGAGUGUCUCGGUCCGUCUGCUCACUUGUCUCUGAGUGAGGCCUGUACCUUCGACAAUCUCCAACUGCUAGUCUGGAUUUGGGAUAUCUCCUCCACCACCGAGGAGACAACCGGUAGUGGAUGGACGCUCACCAACUACCGCCGCUCCAACCCCCACUACUACGCCUACCAGUUCGGCCAAAGCCUGAAGGCUGCAAUCAAUUCGAACGGUUGUAGAAUGGAUUUUCGACCAUUUUUCGGGCUCGUCGAAUUGGUUGCUGCGAAGGGAAUUUUGAGUGUUUUGCAGUUCUUUCACGACCACGAUGCUGGACGUUCGGACCUGCUGGAA